CGGCCCACGAUCACAAGCACUACUAGAUCCUCAAUAGACUCAUCAGAACCUCUGCCUUCUGCAAAAUGGUUUUCUCCACAGUUGCAUGUCUUGUGCUGACGUUUUUCUUACUCCGCCUCUACUUUUCAAUGAUUGUUAAACCUGCGAGAAUCCGCAAAAUCUUGAGGGAGCAAGGGAUCGAUGGCCCCCCUCCCAAAAUCCUCCUGGGAAACAUACUGGACGUCAAGAAAUCUCGAGACGCAGCCGAGAGGGCCCCCCUCAACCACCCGCAUCCGCCGCUCAUCCACAACGCCGCCGCUGUUCUACCCUUUGCGGAGGAAUGGAGGCAGCAAUACGGUCCAUUAUAUGUGUUUUCUUUGGGGAAUGUGCAAGUAUUGUAUGUGAACAAUCCUGACUUGGCGAAAGAGAUAACGACUUGCACGUCGCUGGACUUGGGCAGGCCUUCGUAUCAGCAGAAAGUACUCGGGCCCUUACUCGGAAAGGGAAUCCUGCCGUCGAAUGGAUCCAUUUGGGCACGGCAGAGGAAGAUUAUUGCUCCUGAACUGUUUAUGGACAAAGUCAAGGGUAUGAUGAGCAUAAUUACUGAGUCGGGUCUCGAGCUAGUAGAUUCGUGGAAACACAAAGUUGAGAGUGAAAAAGGUGGAGUUGUUGAAAUCGGUGUGGAUCACUGUAUGAAGAGAUUUUCCGGGGACAUAAUAUCCAGAGCUUGUUUUGGUAGUAGCUACUCCAAAGGCCAAGAGAUUUUCUUGAAGUUCGAUGUUCUCCAAGAGAUUAUGUCCAAGAGGACAUUUACAGCUGUAGGUAUUCCAGGAUUAAGGCAUCUUCCUACAAAGAGAAACAGGCAAAUUUGGGCACUAGAGAAGGAAAUCAGUGCAUUGAUCUUGAAGAUAGUGAAGGAAAGGCGACAAGCAGGACGCGAGAAAGACUUGCUCCAAACACUUCUUGAAGGUGCAAAGAGUAGUUAUUCUACCUCGGCUGCAAUCGAUCAGUUCAUCGUUGAUAACUGCAGAAACAUAUAUUUAGCUGGAUUCGAGACUUCUGCUGUGUCGGCUUCUUGGUGUCUCAUGUUGUUGGCUUCGAACCCGGAAUGGCAAACACGCGUCAGAGAUGAGGUUGAGGAAGUUUGUCAGGGUCGAAUACCAGAUACAGACAUGCUUCGUAAGAUGAAACAGUUGCAUAUGGUGAUUCAAGAAACGAUGCGCCUUUACCCUCCGGCGCCUACCCUGGCAAGGGAGGCGUUCAAAGACGUGAAGAUAGGCAACAUUCGGGUGCCCAAGGGCGUAAACGUAUGGACUAUGGUGACAGCAUUGCACACCGACACAGCCCUUUGGGGUGCAGAUGCGCUUGAAUUUAAACCACAAAGGUUUGGAAAUGGAAUUUCUGGUGCAUGCAAGAGCCCAAACGCAUACAUGCCAUUUGGGUUCGGACAGCGGGUUUGCGUUGGACAGCACCUGGCGAUGGUUGAGCUGAAGUUGCUGAUGGCUCUUAUUCUUACCAAUUUCUCUUUCACAUUGUCUCCUAAUUAUGUUCACUCACCAGUUAUGAAGAUGAUUGUAGAGCCGAAGCAUGGAGUUCAGAUUAUUGUUAAGAAGCUGUGAUCAACAACAUUGUAACUUGUGGGUGGGGUGGAUGAAAAUGCCGUAGAAGCUCUUUUCUUUUUCUUUAUUGUUUUCUAUACGUUUUUUUAAUUAAAAUUGACACCAAAAUUAUGAAAGAAAUUCUCUUAUCA